UGUGCAAAGGCAGAUUGCCCGACUCCUCCAACCGGACUUUCCUCUUUUGUGCUGCCCGCAGAGAAGGAAGUAGCACCGCGGCAUUCGCAGCGCUAACGACCGCCGACUCCCAAAACUUUUUACGAACUUUUUGUUCCUUUGAGUUGUCUUCAAUCCUCACAACGAUGUCGUUGAAGACAAACCGGCAGACCACCACGACCACCUACCGGACCAUGAACGUGGCCUCGCCCUCGCCGGAGCCGAUGAGCGGCGGCACGGUGCUGACGACGACGGCGACUCGCUCGGCCUCGCCGAUGCAGUACACCGCCGUCAACGGCAACUACAGCACGCUUCGCUACCUGGUGCCGAUGCAGCCGACAGUGCAGCAGCAGUCGUACGUGCUCAUGCAGCAGCCCAUCAUGCAGCAGCCCAUCAUGCAGCAGCCCGUCAUGCAACAGAUGGUGUCGCCGGUCUACCUGCAGGGCGUCCAAGGCUUGAACGUCAGCAGCCUGGACCUGCUGCAGCAGCAACAGUGCGUGAGCAGGAACUCAUCCUCACUGUUCAGCCUGUCCUCCAGUCCCACCAAGAGCCCCGAGCCCAGUGUGCAGGAGGAAGAGGAGGAGGAGGAGGAGGAGGAGGAGGAGGAGGAAGAGGAGGCAGUAGAAGUGGAAGAGGUGGAGGUCAUCAAUGUGAUUCAGCAAAAGCCGCCGCCGGCCAUCGAAAAGAUCUCCAGGACGGAGGUGAGGACUGACCUGAGCGAAAUCCAUGAGAACAAGUUGGACACGCGCUACUUCGCUGGGCUGCUGGCCGACGUCUACAGAAAGAACUGCGACAUUCACGCUUGCAUAUCCGAGCAUGUGUCCAAGAUCAGAGGACAAAAACUGGAUGACAACAAGGUGGAGGAUGUAGAAUCCCUUCUCCCAAAAGGAGCCACUGAACUGACCAAACAGCAAAUUCGAUACCUGCUGCAGACUCGCCUGACCGCUGAUAAGAGCAUGCGUCUGCUGCUGUCCACCUUCAGCAGCUUGAGAGAAGAACUUCUUCACAUGACCGAAGACCUGCGGCGUCUGGAGAGCGAGAAGGAAUCCCUGGAAAGAGACCUGGCCUUCAAAGCGGAUCAAGCUCGGCAGUAUGAUAGCCUUCUGGAGGACGUUCGUGAAAAUAACCGUCAGCUUCAGCUUUCCCUCAAACAAACCAGCGCGUCCCAGCGUUCCCUGGAGAGCCAGCUGAUAAGCGCCCGAAACGUUGACUCCGGUCGCGAAUUCAAAACCAAAGAACUGGAGGUGCGCAUCAGGGCUUUGGAGAAGGAGAACGAGAUACUGCGACAGAAGCAGGCGGGGCAAGCAAACAGCACCACCCUGCACAUCAGGACUGAAGAAUUGUCGCGUCAGUUCAACGAGCAGCUCGGAGAGAUGAAAAAGGACAAAGACAAAGAGAUUGAGCGGCUGCGGAUGCAGAUUACAAAGCUGCAGAUGGAAAUCACCACUGAGAGGUCGUCGUCGGCGUCGGAAAAGAGCCUCCAGCUGAAGAUCUCGGAGUUGCUGGCCAUGCUGGAGCAGAGACAGACUACCAUUACCAGACAGGAGGAGGAGAUCAGAAGGCUUAUGCAGGGAAGGAACGACAGCUCCCAGAACGUGAAGAAGACCAUCAUCACUAAGAGGUACAGGAACCAGUACCCCUUACUUGGUCUGCUGGGUGACGACUACGACACGUCUUCGUCCAUCAACGAAGACAGGACCAUCGUCAUCGAGAGAGGCGAAGAGGUUUUCAGACGGGAAUGAGGGAACAAGAAGAACAUAAAGACAUCCCCCAUCCCGUCUCCUGAUGACCCUUUGUGCCCUCCAUCGUCCUGAAGGAGCCCGGAAUUCGGAUUCUGACAUCUUCAUGACUUUUAUACACAAAAUACUAAUGCUAGAAAUAUUGCAUUGACCAUUUUUCAGUAAAAAAAACAACAACAAAAAAACGCUUUUAGAUAUUUCCCAGAAGUAAUCUCGGGCACACGGAGGGUGGAAUUUUUGCUAUUCUGAAUGUAAAUAUUUAAAUAUAUAUUUGUGAGAUGGACGUGCUCAUGUUUUGAGUUUAGAGAAACGGCGUAAAAAAUGUUUGGGGAGUUUUGCUUUGCAAAUUAGAGUGUAAUCUAUUUUAAGGACUGUAUUUUUUUAAUAGACUAUGGGAAGGAGGUUGAACGUGAAGACAAAUGGGUGUUUGGGUCAGGUGGGGCCAUCACUUUCUGGUUUUAAAAGCGUUUUUUAAAAACGCAAUAUGAUGUUUUUUAUUGCCGCAAAUUGUGUUGAAGCAGCUGGAGCUAACCUAGAGCCUGGUUGGCAUACAGACGCUAACAACAAAUAUGGCCACGUACCAAUGAUAGCGCCUCACCAAAUCCUAAAGGGACAGCAUUUAUCGCAAAGAUUUAGAAGAAUUGACCACUACAUGUUAAGUUACUUCACAAACUAAUGAUGCUAGCUAACUAAUGCUAGGCUAACACAUCCAGAAAUACAAUAUAUGACGAAGCUAGCAUCAAAUUUUAAGCACAGUAUGAUGUUUUUUAAGUGUAUAUGGUCACGAAUUGUGUUAAAGCAGCUGCAGCUAACCUAGAGCCUGGUUAGUAUAUGGACGCUAACAACAAAUAUGGCGAGGUAGCAAUGAAACUGCCUUACCAUAUCCUAAAGGGACAUCAUUUAUCUCCAAGAUUUGGAACAAUUGACCGCUACGUUUGAAGUUAUUUCACAAACUAGUUAUGCAAGCGAGCUAAUGCUUAGACAUCCUCAAAUAAAAUACAAGACAAAGCUAGCAUCCAAUUAGUAGUAGCUUGUGUGGCUAGCUUGCUACCUGAUCAUUUACUUCACAGUAUGCUAGCUAAUCUAGAUGGUCUCUGAAUAGAAGCUAUGCUGUGCUCUUAUUUUCAUGUGUUUCAAGGUGGUUUGGGGCAGUUUUAACCUGCGUUUGUCCGCUGUGCGUCCGCUGUGAUACUUUUGGGAAUAAAAAUAACAUUCAUAGUA